GCCUGCGCGCUGCGCAGCCGGCAAGGGGGCGGGGCAGGCGUACUUCCGCGCCUCGCUGUCCCCUAGCGCCGCCGGACGUCGCUCAGGCCUUCGGCACCAUGAAGAUCUGGACUUCGGAGCAUGUCUUUGAUCACCCGUGGGAAACCGUGACAACAGCUGCGAUGCAGAAGUACCCCAACCCCAUGAACCCGAGUGUCGUGGGCGUGGAUGUGCUGGACCGCCACGUGGACCCCUCCGGGAAGCUGCACAGCCACAGACUCCUCAGCACCGAGUGGGGGCUGCCUUCCAUGGUGAAGUCUAUUAUUGGUGCAGCAAGAACCAAGACGUACGUGCAAGAGCAUUCUGUAGUUGACCCUGUGGAGAAAACAAUGGAGCUCAAGUCUACCAAUAUUUCGUUUACAAACAUGGUUUCUGUAGACGAGAGACUAGUGUACAAACCACAUCCUCAGGACCCAGAAAAAACCAUUUUGACUCAAGAAGCCAUCAUCACGGUGAAAGGGGUGAGCCUCAGCAGUUACCUGGAGGGGCUUAUGGCCAGCACCAUCUCCUCCAAUGCUAACAAGGGCCGAGAAGCAAUGGAAUGGGUAAUACACAAAUUGAAUGCUGAGAUUGAAGAACUGGCAGCUUCGGCCAGAGGAAGCGUGAGGACCCCGAUGGCGGCGGCGGCCUUUGUGGAGAAAUGACAAUGAGCCUUGUCCACAGCACCGGGGCCCGGGGCCUCCAAGCUGACCGCAUAUUUAUUUGUUAUUUAAAAAACAUACAACUAUUUUAGGCAGAACUUUUUUUCAAAUGAGCUGGAUGGAGUAAGGCUGUGUGACUUCUGAUCCAAACAAAGAAACGCAGGGCUUCUAAGUGAUGGGAAUGACUGCCUGGAUUUUGAGAGUUCCAGUAUUUACGGGGAAAUUUAAGUCUUUAAGUAUUUGGUAUUGACACUGACUCUGCUUAAAGAGAUUCUACAGCUUUUCAGACAUUGGAGCUCAUCCUGGCACUGGACCAACCCCAGGGCAGAGCCGAGCCUUGCCACCCUACACGCCCACAGCUGCCAUGCACGAACCACUGUGGCCUGCAGGAGGAAACUCACUUCAAAAGGAGAAACUGUAUAGUUUUAAAAGACAUUCAUUUAUAUAAAGUAACAUGCUCUGCUAAAAACCACAGUGUUUUGGUUUGGUAUUUAAAUGAUAUUUUUGGAGUGAAAAUUAGCACUAAAGUAAUAUGGCUCUAACAAUAUUACUUUAUUGUAUUAAAGAGUACUGUAUUGAUUUGCCAAAGUUUUGUAACUUAGUAAAGGUAUUGCCUUCCUUGGCCUUGUACUUUAUGACUUAGCAUGCUGUGCCGUGGGCUGGUUAUAUUAACUGAAAAAAAUAAAAGUCGUUGCCUGAGUUUGCAGCACUCUUAAAACAGAACAGCUCUUCACGUCUCCUAGCAUCUCUCAUUUGCCUAACUUAUAAAUUGCCAUGUGUCAUAAUCAUGGUUUUGUAAUUGCUAAGGCAUGAUAUGUCAGGUUAUUUGAAUAUAAUUACUUUUUGAGGUAAUUGUGACCACAAAACAUCUUUUUUUACAUGAAGAGCUGUACAUCAUUUGAAAUUACUCAAAUGAUGUCUUGAUCUGAAGCAUAAAUUCCGGUACUUCAUGUUUUAAUAACAUGGUGCCAACUGCAGAGCGAGGGGGCGUGGGGAGAGAGAGAGAGAACUGUGACCAUAGUCAUCAAGUGGGUGAGUGGAUGGCACCGCAGGGUCAGUGCAGCGAAUCCUUACUUUAGACGGACACCAAGAGUGGGUGUCCAGUGGAAAUCAGUACAUGUGUUUCAUUUUGUCUUUUGUAGCUACCAAUUAUCAACCACUAAACGGUGUCUUUGAUACUUAUAAUUGUUGCAUACACUUUUUGUUAAAAGGUGAUUAGCUUUUCCUUUUAUUUUACAGGACUUAACCGAUCAACUUCUAGUCGGGUUUCCUAUAGACUAAUUCAUAUAUGAACAAAAACCACAGAAACAAUAUCCCAAACCUUUUUAACAUUAGUAUUUUUCUACUUAAAAUAAUGCUUAGCUUAAGAACUCUUAGGUAUUUGUAAGAGAUUAAGCCCGGUAAGAUUGCUGAUUACUUUUGUAACCUGUGAUGGAUUUUACCAAUGAACUAACAUUUCAUCUAAAUAAAAUAUUGCCUAAAUAGAGUUUUAA